AUGUCCUCCACACCCCCCUCACGCAACAACACCCAACGCUCCAGAGGAGGAAGAUCAUCCAAUAACGACUGGCUCUCCGGCCUCAACCUCGCCCCCAACUACAUCAACGGCGUCGCCUUCGACCCCAUCGACAACAUUGGCCCCGGAGGUAAUGGAGACCUGAUAACUGGUAACUUCUUUAGCGGACAAGUGACGAUUGGGGAUACCGAUGAUGGAAACCCUCGUGCCAAUAUGAGCGCGAUUCGGGCCCGUACGCCGCAAACGCGAGAGACGCAGAGUAGUGAAGGGGCGCCUUAUUACCGAGGGGGUGUCAUAACGACCCUGCAGAUAGGGGACAAUUUCACUGCGGUCCCCGAGCAACAAGCGCACGUUCACCAACCUGCCGAAUACACAGCUCCCGAGUCCCCUUCAGACAGUUACUCAAGCCGCUCCUCUGGCUCGCGCGAUAGAUCAUCUAGACAGUCUCGCCAAGAAACCAUCUCCACCGCUAAUCGCAACACCGAUGAAGCCUUCCGCCAUGUCUUGGAAAUCGCCGCAAGUGUCUCUCCCGUUGCAAGAUGUAUGCACGCCGAGGGUGCGAGGCGAUACGAGACUCUACUCGAGAGUCUGGAUCAGCUCAAAGAGUACCACGAUGAAGAGAGAGAGGCGUGGACCAAACUCGAAUAUUUGUCGGAUGAUGGAUCGGGAGAAAACAGCGUUGCUGACGAUGGUGAGCUUUCGGCAUGGGAGGAAGUGGACGCAGAAGAUGAAUGA